UUAUAUUACAUGAUUUAGCCGCAGAAUUUCAGUUUUAUUCGAUACCUAUUGUACUAAAACGGUAAAUAUUUGUUAAAAAGUAAAAGUGAAUACACGAAUAAAUUUUAAUCAUGAAAUCGUUCGUUUUGAUCCUGAUGAUAUGUGCUUUACAAGGCGCUCAAUCCACGAAUAAUACACAAGCUGCUGCCGACGACUCAAAUGAUGAAAGUAUUUAUCCUGGAAAAUACCCUUCUCACGUUGUGAUAAAAUUGACAAAUAAAACCGCCUUAGUUUGCGAAGGCGUUAUUUUUUCAAAAAAUCUUGUUUUAACUGCUGCAGGAUGCGCACAGAAGUACAAAUCAAGCCCUACAGAAUUGGAAGUGGUGGCAGGUAUAAUUUCAACUGAGAAUAUCCAAUCAGAUAAAAAUGCACAAACAAGAAAAGUUAUCAACAUUACUAUUCAUCAAGAUUGGUACAACUCGAAACAAGAGUCUGGAGAUAUAGCCAUUCUAAAGGUUUCUCCUUCGUUCAAUAUCAAUAAAUAUGUCAACGUUUCUGCAUACGGAGCACAACUUUUCACGAAUGAUUCCAUAAGAGUUGUUGGAUACGGAGAGAGUGAUGACUUAAUCAGUCAUAAACUGAGAGUUCCUCCAGCAAAAGAAUGCUACUACAGUGACGGUUCCUCUACGAAUAAUACUGAAAAGUUUUGUGCGAAAAUCAACCGAGAUGGAUAUGAAGAAACUUUCUGGGAUAAGUCAUUUGCUGGAGCACCUAUAUUAUUGGACGAUUCUAAUAAAGACCUUGCCGGCGUGAUGUCUGUUAAUUACAAUGCUAUCACAUACGUUGAACAUUAUUCAGAAUGGAUUGAAAGUAUCACAGGCGUAAGUAAAACCAAAAACAAUCGAGUGCAGUCGAAUUCAUCAAAUUCCAUCUCGUCGACGACCACUACUCCUACUUCAUCGCCGUCUUCAACGACAACUACGGUGCCUACAGGAACUACUAUUUCGAGUACUUCAGCAAGUGCCUCAUUUGAAAGCACAUCGACGGCCACUACUACAGAAUCUGCAGCUAGUACUACUUCAUCGCCGUCUUCAACGACAACUGCGGUGUCUACAGGAACUACUAUUUCGAAUACUACAAGUGAUACAACUACUGCAGAAGCAACCACCACCUCAGUUGCAAGCACAACCUCAUCAUCAAAUGGAACGAAAACUGAGAGUACUUCAACAACUGCCUCAUUUGAAAGCACGUCGACGACCACUACUACAGAAUCUGCAGCUAGUACUACUUCAUCGCCGUCUUCAACGACAACUGCGGUGUCUACAGGAACUACUAUUUCGAAUACUACAAGUGAUACAACUACUGCAGAAGCAACCACCACCUCAUUUGAAAGCACAACUUCACCAUCAAAUGGAACGACUACCACUGUAAGUAAUGAAACAGGUGGUGAUGAUGAAGAUGAAGAUGAAGAAGAAGAUGAUGAUGAUGAUGAUGAUGAUGAUGAUGGUAGCAAACCAUAAAGACGAAUUAGUUAUCUUUCGUAAUUCAAUCCAUACAAACAUUUUGAGAAACUAGCUAUCAUAAUCCGCUCAAUUGUACCUAGCUAUAAAUAAGGAAUUGGAUAAAAAGUGCUUCUAUGAACAAAUCAAAACGCGUGCAAAUUGCAGCAAUUUCAAAACAAUACAUAGUUAAGCAAACUUAAAAGUUUGAAUGAAUAAAUAGGUAGUUAAUAAUUUCACUCACUAGCUUCAUCAGCAUUUUUGUUAUUGAUGUUAAUGUGUGUUUUUUUGUAAGUAUUCGAGUAAUUAAAAUAAUGAUUUUGAAAA